AUGGUGAAGCUGCCAGUUGUUUUUUUGUGCAUUGGAUAUGUUCUGUUAACUCUUGCAGAUGAUGGCGAUUUUGACUUAAAAGAUGCUCUUGACCCAAAUGAUAAGCCUUCUGAACCAACAAAAAAGCCACCAGGGGGUAACAAACCUCGACCUAACUUAUAUCCUGACCUUAGACCGUAUUCAGGUAAUCAUGGAAAUGGUGGAAAUUCCUUUAAUGGUGGCGGUGGUGGCAGCAUUGGAACUGGUGGUUUUAAUGACCUAGAUCUCAAUGAUGGAAAACCUUUAGCUCCACAUCCAGCAGGUGAGAAAGAGCAAACUUCUGGUCAAGAUGGAAAUAUGGUUGAUUCUGCUACGACAGCUCAGAUUACAUCUCCUGUUGUUGCUGUAGCUGUGAUACUGACUGUUGGCGCCAUAGCUGGCUAUUCUGCUUAUAAGCAGAAAAGAUACUGUUUUAAACCAAGAGAAUUGACUAGCAUCAGAAAUAUGCUUCGGAUAUCAUAUGAACCAUCAGUAAGGACAUUUGAUUGA